AUGAAGACCUACACUCUGAUCACGUUCGCUUCCCCCAUCCUAGCUGCGGUCGUCAAGGACCCGGCUUCUGUCCUGGAGGCUCAGGCGAGCUCUGGUGCCAAGUAUCUGGGCGGGAUAUAUGACAAGCAUCGUCUCGAAGAUGUCCAGAUUCUCUGCGGCGCUCCACCGAAUGUCCCCGACAGCGUCUUCCCCGCGACCGACUACGAUCAUCCCGUCGGUAUACUGCUGAGCGGUGGGGACAAGCGUCUUCACGUCGAGGCGGGCCCCUCCAAGUGCAUCCAGGCGGCGUGUGACACGGGUGGCGGGGCGGGCGUCUUCAUCUGCAACGAUGAGACGCACCCGAUUGACCCCCUGUACGCUGACAUCGGGUGGUUCGCGCAGCAGGUGUACUUCAAGUGCCGAGACCGCCGCGGCGACCAGGACUUCGUCCACAAGGGCCAGGCUUUCAAUCCCGACGAUAAGUGGAACGUGAUCCUUAACGACGUGGGCCCGGAUUGCACGGCUUCGUCUCUCCCCGAUCAGAAGUAA